AUGCGUGUAUUAAUUUUCAACGUUCUUUCUUUCCUUCUUUCUUUCUUUCUUUCUUUCUUUCUUUCCUUCUUUCUUUCUUUCUUUCUAUCUUUACUUCUUUCUUUCUUUCUAUCUUUCCUUCUUUCUUUCUUUCUUUCUCUGUCUCAUUCUUACUUUCUCAGUCAUUUCUUUCUUUUUCCCUCUAAUUUCCGUUUUCUUUCUUUCUUUUCUUUCUUUCUUUCUUUCUUUCUUUCAAUCUCAUUCUUACUUGUCUCAGACAUCUCUUUCCUUUUCCUUCUAAUUUCCUUUUCUAUUUCUUUCUUUCUUCCUUUCUUUUUCUUUCCUCCUUUGUUUCUUUCUUUCAGUCUUCUUACUUUCCUCAACCAUUUAUUUCUUUUUCCUUCUAAUUUCCGCUUUCUUUCUUUCUUUCUUUCUUUCUUUCUUUCUUUCUUUCUUUCUUUCAGUUUUAUUCUUACUUGUCCCAGACAUUUCUUUCUUUUUCCUUCUAAUUUCCACUUUUCUUUUCUUUUCUUUUCUUUUCUUUCUUUCUUUUUCCUUUCUUUCUUUCAGUCUUAUUUUUUUUCCUCAGAUAUUUCUUUCUUUCCUUCUAAUUCCCGCUUUCUUUUUUUUUCUUUCUUUUUUAUUUAUUUCUUUCUUUCUUAUUCUUCUUUUUUUUUCACCUUUUCUCUCUUCACUUACCAUAAUUCAGAAUUAUAUCCGGCAGGCGACAAGUCAGCACAGAAUCGAAUUCGCUUAAACCUGAAGGAGCUAAAAGGAAAAGAAGACCAACUUCCAGCCGCCACGAAAUUGCUUCUUACCAAAGACGAACAUUUGUUUACUUUUCUCUCUCUCUCUCUCUAUCUUUCUCUCUCUGUCUCUUUCUAUUUAUAUCUCUCUUUUUCUCUCUCUGUCUCACUCUCUCCAUAUCUAUAA